UACUGUAUAUUUUAAUCUAGUUUACCCCCGUUUAAUUUGCCGUUUUUGCGUAGGAAAAACCUGAAUGUUUAGAUUGUAGUGUAGCCUUCAAUACUUGUUCUGUCGCGCGCAUGUUAUCAUCUCGUGGAAUGAAUGCGGUACCAUAGCUUGCUAACUACUGGGAGUUUUUCCCCGGACACGGAUUGCUGGUCCUGAGGCAGCCUUUGCGUCCACCUGAACAUGUCUGGCCCGGUCACCAGUCGAUCCCGGGUUUACCCCGACGUGAACACACAGAGACCCCGGGAGUACUGGGACUACGAGUCACACGUUGUGGAGUGGGGGAAUCAAGAUGACUACCAGCUGGUGCGAAAGCUCGGCCGAGGCAAAUACAGCGAAGUGUUUGAAGCCAUCAACAUCACAAACAACGAGAAAGUAGUAGUCAAAAUACUCAAGCCAGUAAAGAAGAAGAAAAUCAAGCGAGAAAUCAAGAUUCUAGAAAACCUGCGAGGUGGCCCCAACAUCAUCACACUUCUAGACAUCGUCAAAGAUCCAGUGUCCCGGACUCCAGCCCUGGUUUUUGAACAUGUUAACAACACAGACUUCAAGCAAUUAUAUCAAACGCUAUCAGACUACGACAUACGGUUCUACAUGUACGAGAUCUUAAAGGCCCUGGACUACUGUCACAGUAUGGGCAUCAUGCACCGAGACGUCAAGCCACACAACGUUAUGAUUGACCACGAACACAGAAAGCUUCGCCUUAUAGACUGGGGUUUGGCAGAGUUCUACCACCCUGCUCAGGAGUACAACGUACGAGUGGCGUCCCGAUACUUCAAGGGUCCAGAGCUGCUAGUCGACUACCAGAUGUACGACUACAGUUUAGACAUGUGGAGCUUGGGCUGCAUGCUGGCCAGUAUGAUCUUCAGGAAGGAGCCUUUCUUCCACGGACACGACAACUACGACCAGCUUGUACGAAUCGCAAAAGUCCUGGGCACAGAAGACCUUUAUGACUACAUCGAUAAAUACAACAUCGAGCUAGACCCACGGUUCAACGACAUUCUGGGCAGACAUUCCCGUAAACGGUGGGAGAGGUUUGUGCACAGUGAGAAUCAGCACCUGGUGAGCACCGAGGCUCUGGACUUCCUGGACAAGCUGCUGCGCUACGACCACCACGCCCGCCUCACAGCCCGGGAGGCCAUGGACCAGCCCUACUUCUACCCCAUUGUGAAAGACCAGGCGAGGAUGGGCUCGACAUCAGGGCUGUCGACUGGUUCUACCCCAGUUAGCUCCUCCAGUAUGAUGACAGGCAUCACCUCCAUGUCCUCGUCGCAGCCCCUGGCUAAUGUGGCGGGCUCUCCUGUGAUCUCCUCCCCCAGUGCUCUGGCCACUCAGGUCCCAGCCGCUGCCGGGGCCCAGCCCUGAAUGGUGUCCUCAGCCUGGGGCCUGGGAUGGACCCUCUGUCUGGCCUGGCCUACCCAGCCAACCACCAUUUUUAUGUUGAGUAUAACAGAGACAAAGGA